UCAUAUACAGUGCCAGUAAAUCACUCUCUCCCAUUCACAUCCACCGCAAACAUGAAGACAGUAGUAUUGGGUCUCCUUCUCAUCCUGGCCAACGCCCUGAACAUCGAGGCACUGAAGUGCUUCUACUGUUUGGCCAAUGACAUGGACGAGUGCAACCAGGAAGGAUCCAUCGUCACCUGUCCCCAAGAUGCGGAUACCUGUUCCUCUAUAGCUAGCCAUGAUUCCGUGAUGAAGUCCUGCUUGUUCAAGUCCUACUGCGAGAAGCUCCCAUCGUUAAAUAGUGAAGUAACCGUCGACUGCUGCUACACCGACAACUGCAAUGGACCCCACCGCACACAACGUUAUGACAGCUAUGAAGACUAUGGGAGAACGCACUACGGGGUGUCGUUCAGUGCUGCUUCCUGCUCCACCAUCUCCACACUCCUACUGGUGACCACAAUCAUCCAGCUGGCAUUCAGCGUCCUCUAGAUGCGCUCCAAGCUGGAGUUGCAGGCAGAAGCCCUAAAGCAGGGAUGGGCAACUUUUAUGAUGAGGAGGGUCAUGUUAUUUCAUUGCCAUUGUCAGAGGGCCACACGUGACCACAGAUCUGACAGCAACUCGCUGACUUUGAGGUGCAUUUGGGUGCUCACUGACUGCCCAUAUUGUUUGGAAGGAAUAAAAGUGUACUCUUGGC